UCUUUGUAAGGGCAGUUAUUGAAAGGUUCCGAUAACAAAAAAGUAUUUCCGGCAUGUAAAGACUGAAAAUUGCAGAAUCGUCAUGAAAUAAUGCAUUAACAGCAAGUCUGGUUAAAAUGCCUGGGAAGAAGAAGCCGUUCAUUGACAAGAAGAAUGCAGUGACCUUCCACCUUGUCCACAGAAGUCAGAAGGACCCACUUCAGGCCAGCGAGGAGGCGUCCAAGCAUGUCCUGCUGCAAGCUGUCACUAAAAAGGACUUUGAAGAGAAGAAAGAGGAGGAACAAAAGUAUGGGGUAUUUUACGAUGAUGAGUACGACUACAUGCAGCACCUGCGAGAAACUAACGAAGCGUGCGAGCUGGAGGCUGUUGACGUCAACCGUAUACCAUCAAGACAGGAGCAGCAGGCUGCUAAAAUCCAACUCCCAUCCACAGCGUUUGCAUCAGAUAUAGAAACUGGAGUAGGGCUUUUAAAUAAGGCAGCCCCUAGCACAGGGCCAAAGCUUGACUGGGACCCGGAGAUAGUUGCGGCUCUUGAUGAUGAUUUCAAGUUUGACGAUCCUAACAACCAGCUAGAUGAUGAUUUCAUGGAACUGGCUAACGCUGAGGGGACGUUUGCAGACGGAAAAGAAUUGGACAGUGAUGAAUGUGACGUGGAUUCAAAUGAUGCAGCCAUGUCUGAUGAUGAGAUGGGUGGUUACCCUGGUGACCAGAUGUUUAUGGAUGAGGAGACGAAGUCACGGUUCACCAGCUACUCUAUGUCAUCAUCAGUGAUCCGCAGGAAUGAUGGACUCACGCUGCUGGACGAUAGGUUUGAAAAGUUCUACGAGCAGUUUGACGACACAGAGAUUGGACCACUAGACCAUGAAGACAUAGAGGGUGCUGUCGACCAGAACAGCUACAUGCUCAACACGAUCCUGGAAGAGUUUGAGAAGCAACAAGACCCUAAGAAGCUUAAGGAUGUUGUGGAUGAGAAUAUCGGGGAGGAAGUGGAUGGCAAGAACGAUGAGUCAGAGGACGACGAUGAUAUGGUAGAUGUGGAGGUGCAGGAACCUGGGGAAAAGUGGGACUGUGAAUCUAUCCUUAGCACAUAUUCAAACAUAUACAACCAUCCAAAGUUGAUCGAGGAACCAAGGAAGGAAAGAAAAAUAAAUUUAACCUCCCGGCUAGGCAUUCCAAACGAAUCACUCAAGAAGUCAGGAUUGACACAGAAACAGAUAGAAAAGUCAGAAAGGGAUGCCAGACUGGCAGACAAGGCGAGUACAUACCGACCGAAGGAUGAAACGCAGCGAGAGAAGAAGGAGAGGAAACAGGCAGUUAAAGAGGAGAGAAAGGAGAGAAGACAAGAGAAAAAGGCGAACAAGAAAGCGUUUACAGAAGAAAAGAUUCGAUUAGAAAAAGAACUGAAAAAUUUAAAAAACAAUUUACAGGGUGUGAAAAUUGUCUGAGAAAAUAUAUAAUGAUUUUGUCAAAGUCAUUGGCAGGACAGCUUCAAAGUAUCGUUCACCUAGUUGAUGUCAGUCAGGUUGGGAGGGUACUGAUUUUGAUGUCGCAGAUGGAAUACAAAGUAUCGUGCACCUAGUUGAUGUCAGUCAGGUUGGGGGGUACUGAUUUUGAUGUCAGUCAGGUUGGGGGGUACUGAUUUUGAUGUCAGUCAGGUCGGGAGGUACUGAUUUUGAUGUCGCAGAUGGAAUACAAAGUACACUAUUAUAUUGACUAAUAGGUGUCCAUAUAUUUAAGAUGCAAACAUUUGGUACAAUGAUUUUAAAUAAGUUUCAGUGAUACAAGAGUUGCUUCCCUUUAUCAGUAUCCAACUGUUUUGAGACCCUGUGAUAAACACCCAAACACUUUAUCGUUCAUAACAUAACCAUUCAUCAACUUUAAUAGCUGCAUCGCCCGAGGUAAAAAAUUACAAGUGUUCCAACAUGAAGGAGACUACACUUUGUUUCCUAUGUAGUGUGUACUGACCACCGGUCAAACUUCAGACUGGAGGAGACAUCAAUCCACUUCCUGUGUAGUGUGUACUGACCACUGGUCAUACUUCAGACUGGAGGAGACAUCACUCCACUUCCUAUGUAGUGUGUACUGACCAACGGUCAAACUUCAGACUGGAGGAGACAUCACUCCACUUCCUGUGUAGUGUGAACUGACCACUGGUCAUACUUCAGACUGGAGGAGGCAUCCCUCCACUUCCUGUGUAGUGUGUACUGACCACCGGUCAAACUUCAGACUGGAGGAGACAUCAGUCCACUUCCUAUGUAGUGUAUACUGACCACCGGUCAAACUUCAGACUGGAGGAGACAUCACUCCACUUCCUGUGUAGUGUGUACUGACCCCCAGUCAAACUUCAGACUGGAGGAGACAUCACUUCACUUCCUGUGUAGUGUGUACUGACCACCGGUCAUACUUAACACUGGAGGAGACAUCAGUCCACAUCCUGUGUAGUGUGUCCUGACCACCGAGUGUGUCCUGACCACCGGUCAUACUUAACACUGGAGGAGACAUCAGUCCACAUCCUGUGUAGUGUGUACUGACCACCGAGUGUGUACUGACCACCGGUCAUACUUAACACUGGAGGAGACAUCAGUCCACUUCCUGUGUAGUGUGUACUGACCACCGGUCAUACUUAACACUGGAGGAAACAUCACUCCACUUCCUGUGUAGUGUGUACUGACCACCAAGUAUGUACUGACCACCGAGUGUGUCCUGACCACCGGUCAUGCUUAACACUGGAGGAGACAUCACUCCACUUCCUGUGUAGUGUGUACUGACCACCGGUCAUACUUAACACUGCAGGAGACAUCACUCCACUUCCUGUGUAGUGCGUACUGACCACCGGUCAUACUUAACACUGGAGGAGACAUCACUCCACUUCCUGUGUAGUGCGUACUGACCACCGGUCAUACUUAACACUGGAGGAGACAAAACUCCACUUCCUGUGUCAAUGUGGUUUUCCAGAUAUAUGAUUAAUGUCAAGUAAAAUGCAUACAGAUGCUGUUCAUUAUGUGUUUUGUAUAUAAGCUGGUGAGAGUGUGAUGAAAAGUUACAUUUUGUAUGUAUAGCGAGUGUGUAAGUGAGUGACUAAAGGAAGGUUCUGUUUAUUUAUUUUAACACUGUAUGUCUUGACAUUAUUAUAUGUGUUAAUAAAGUGACUUUUAUAUAA